AUGGGGGCCCUAGCCCUUGUACUCACGAAGCAAAUUAGGCUUCAUUAUUCGUCCUUGGCCGUUUCUUCUCAGGUUUGCUUUGUGGACUUACUCGUAUCGCUGCACACCAAAACCCUGGCCAAGGUUCCAGCGGAGACAAACAGGACAGACAAUACGUACUGGCUGGUCUACACGCGCUCCAGCUUGAUCGAGCAGACAACCCCUGCGGAUCUUCUGAUCUUCGACUCCAAUGGGACUGUGGAUAACCCCUUCUUCACGGGCAAGGCGCGUGGGUUCAGGAAUGCGUACGGCUCUAGCAUGUUGAGGGGUGAAGGAUGCACAAUGAUGAAAGUUAUGGAUUUUGGUUCAGGGGGCCGGAGCUUUACAAACUUGCAUGAAGGAUGUCAGGACUCCGGCUGCCUGACUCUGUCUUGGGACUUUGUCUGGGUUGCUGAACCCCUUUUCCCUUUCUUGGGCAAUCCUAGAAGCCUAAGGGCCUCAUGA